AUGGUCCAAAAAGCGCCGCAGGUGGUAGCAGCACCGUUAUCACCGCCACCUGUUGUCAUUGAUGGAAAUUUGGCUCUGAAAGGCAAGGUCUUCGCCAUCACCGGUGGCGCGAGCGGCAUUGGUUUGGCAACCGCCCAAGUGUUGUCAAGACGAGGAGCAACUGUUUGCAUUGCCGACGUAGAUCCGGAAGCAAUGAAGGCUGCCGAAGUCUAUUUCACUUCACUGGAAGUUCCUCACAUGGUCACAAGAGUGGACGUUUCCAAGAGUAAGGAGGUCGAUGCCUGGAUCGAGUCGAUUGUGAAAGCGCACGGCCGGCUGGACGGUGCUGCCAACGUAGCAGGGGUCAUCGGGAAAUAUCACGGCGUUUCACCAGUUUCGGAGCUCGAAGAUGACGAGUGGGACAAGAUCAUCGGUGUCAACCUUACCGGAACCAUGUACUGCAUGAGAGCUGAGCUGAGGAAUAUGAACGACCGCGGUUCCAUCGUCAAUGUUUCUUCUAUUCACGGAUUAAAGGGCUUUGCUAGACAUGGAGCCUAUGAUGCAAGCAAGCACGGCAUUGUCGGCCUCACACGAGCAGCUGCGCUCGAAAAUGGAGAGCGAGAGAUUCGCGUCAACAGCGUUGCCCCAGGUGCCAUUUACACGCCAUUGAUGCAGAAAAACUGGGAUUUUGCCGGUCGCCCAAAGGACGCUCCCUUUGAUGAUCCUACGGCUUUCCAGCGACAAGGCACAGCUGAGGAGACGGCGAAUGUGAUUGCUUUCCUGUUGGGCCCGGAGAGCACAUUUGUGAGCGGGAGUGUGUACAAGGUAGACGGAGCCUGGAUUUGA